AUGCAUCUGGACGUGCCUUUUUUCACUGCGGGUUUGCUGACCCUGUUCGUCCUAGGCGCUAUCGGCAACAUGACCCUCUUCCAACUGGACAACCGAUGUGGGCACAAUCUCGUCAUUUCCGCCCCUAUUCGAAUCCUGCAUGGCCCGCAUAAGCAUAAGCGCUUGCGAGAUGCGCACAUUUUGGCAUGCUUCUACAACUUGAACUUCACCACCGAGGUCACGGUCAUCUGGUCAUAUCUCUUCCUGCGGGUCGAUCAGGGAUUCUAUGGGCCCGAUGGGGCGAAUGGGGAUGGAGAGUACUCUGGCAUGGUGGAAGUUGGUGGUUGGGCAAAGGGGAAAGAAGAACGUUCGGCAUUAGGGGGAGGCAGUGGAAGUGAAGAGUACGUGCCGCACAGUUUACAAAGGGGCUCGAGGGAGGAUGAAUACAGUCGUGGGCAUGUAGGAGGAAAGUGGGAGAAAGAGCACAUCGUCUUGCUAAGAGCAUGUGCGGCGAAUGAGGGGCAGGAGACGACUGAGAGGCCUUGGAAGACUCAACUGGCGUCACACACUUUUGGUAGCAUGUCAGACUUGUGGAGGAAAGAAAACAAUCUCAAAGACGCUGCCAUCGCAACAUUCUUUGCGUAUGAUAGAUAG